CGCUAGCGCUGCAUGCACUGCAUGCACUGUAUUAUCAGGAAAAGUCGCCCGGGAAAACCACUCUCGACGAGGUGGCAUUGGAGAAGAGCGUAUUGGGAGAGAUGUCUGUGAAGGUUAGGUACCUCGAUAGGAGGCUUCUGAAGAAUGUCCUUCAUCACACCGAGACGCACAACAGACUACAAGAAGAAGAAGAGAUGUGGGAGAAGAGAAAAGAAAGGAGAUCGCAUGUACCAAGCAGCAGGUCACGAGGGCCAGUCCGGUAUGGGCAGAUGUACAGUGACUCUCCCAGAGAAAUAUAUGGUGGAAACAAUGUCAGCCGGGAAAGAUGGAAUCAGCGUCGGUUGAAUCGAGGAGGUCGAUGGGGCAUGAACACUCAGAUGGAGAGAUGGAGUCACAAUGGUUUUAUGGAGCUCUAUCCAGAAGAGAACAUUAACAGAUCAUCCAUGGAUGAUACCAGUGAUGAGGGGGCAGAGGUCAAAGGUCAUGACAGGAGAAGAAAGAAACAUACUAAGAGAUCUGAACGAAGGCGGAAGCCGUCUCGAGGUGAGGAUGACGACGACGAAGAAAGCUCCUCGGAAUCGGACAGUUCCAGCAGCUCUGAUGAUUCGGACAGUUCUUCAAGCGAAAGCAGCAGCAGUGAAGAAACGACACACAGAGGAAGACGAUCCGACGCAAGGAAACCACGUAGGGACGACAAGAGAGAUCAUUCAAGAAGAGGAGGAGGACGCAGCCGCAGGAGACCGACGAGGGGGCGGAGACCGAGCGCUGAGAGGAGUCGACGUCAUGAAAACGGUCAUCGUAGGAGCAGUAGGGAAAGGAGACAUUCCGGGAGAAGUGAAGGAAGGAACAGUGAAGAUGGGAAAUACAAGAGGGACAGGAGCGAUGAUAGGAACAGACGUAGAAGACGACACAGGAGUCGUGAUCUACCUAAAGACAGGCACCAUCGGAGGGAUGAUGAUGAUAGAGAAUCAAGAAGGAGAAAGAACAAGGAAAGGAGGAGCGAUAGAAAAGAUAAAAACAGAGACAGAAGAAGGAAGAGAAGAAGAAGUAGAAGUGGGAGCAGAUAAUUGGACUAUUGUGAUGUACUAAUGUAAGUCUUGGUUGUGUUAACAUCAUACGGACAUGCCUAGAUGUUCUUUUGCAUAUAUACAGUAGCCUUUGCGAUAUAUAAGUCGAAUUCAGACCAGAAUAUGUGAAUGUGAUUUGAACACUUCUUAAGUCAAAUUUUGCCCAAGUUGAACAGAUUUUGGUUCCAACAGAUUUGACUUGGAUAGAUUCACAUGUAUUAUGGUAUGUCCUACAUUUACAUUGUCACUGAGUUUCGUGAAGCAUAAAAUGUGGCAAGCAGUUGGCUUUUUGAUCCGACUAUUGCUGGUUGGGACUUCAGUCAGUACUGAUUCAUUAUCUUACCAAGUAAUUAGAAACCAUUUUAAUGGACAUACAUAUAGUCACUGGACUGUAAAACCUUGUGUCUCAAAUUUUAACAAAUUUCAAGGGGAAGUUUACCUGACAAAAUGUUUAUUGUAAAUUAGCAUGAAAAAUAAUGGCGAAGGUUUAAAGAAAAUCCAUCGAAGAAUAGAAAUAUUAUUAGAAUUUCAAUUAUUUGGUUUGCGACGUCAUAUGUGAGUAGCUUUCCUUCAUAUCGUAUGGUAAAAAAUCAGUGAAAUGCAAUUUUCUCAGAAAAUUGUUGAAAAUGGUUUUUAUUUUACCUUAAGUAUUUUAGUACACAGUGAAUUCACA